CAAUUCCUGUGAAAGCUGAUGGGAUAGAUACUCCAAAUCAGACUCUUCGGUUGAUGGGUCAUUGAAUGGAUCAUCCCAUAUUCUGAAGGGGAGACGCAGCCCUUCCCCCAGCAGCUCAUCCAGCUCUUCUAAAUCAAAGCCAGAAUCUCCAGGAAUGAAGAGAAGAGGAUUGUCUCCUGUCCCUUUUCAGAGUGGACGUACAACUCCACCGCGGAGAGCGCCAUCUCCUGAUGGAUUUUCUCCGUAUAGUCCUGAGGAAACCAGUCGCCGGGUCAACAAAGUGAUGCGAGCAAGACUCUAUCUGCUGCAGCAAAUAGGACCCAAUUCUUUUCUGAUUGGUGGAGACAGCCCAGAUAAUAAAUAUACAGAGUUUUUAUUGGCCCUCAGACCUGCAGCUGUGGCAGAGGGGCGUUCUGCAUUCAUCUUCUCUUCGUCAUGUUACGCGUGUUUCAGCUGGAGCCAUCGGACACAAUGCUUUGGAGGAAAACCCUAAAGAAUUUUGAAGUUGAAAGUUUGUUCCAGAAAUAUCACAGUAGACGUAGCUCAAGGAUCAAAGCUCCAUCUCGUAACACCAUCCAGAAGUUUGUAUCACGCAUGUCAAAUUCUCAUACAUUGUCCUCAUCCACCACUUCCACAUCUAGCUCA